AUGAAGCACAUCUACCUCACCCUCCUAACACUAACAUGCACCCUCCUAACCCCCUCCAAAUCCCAACCCCAAUUCCAACCCUGCACCAAAAACGAAGACUGUAACCUAAACGGCCUCUGCACCUCCAACUCCUGCACCUGCGACCCCGGCUGGACAGGCCCAACCUGCGGCCACCUACACCUAUCCCCCAGCACCCCCAACACCGGCUACAACCGGACCUCCGAGGGCAUCUCAUCCUGGUGCAACAGCAUAAUCCGAGACCCGCACAACACCACCCUCCACCACCUCUUCGUCUCCGAGUUCACGCACAACUGCGGCCUGGACUACUGGUCGCCAUACAGCCGCAUUAUCCGCGCAGAGUCCAGCACAGGCCCGGAGGGCCCGUAUGCCUUCAAGCAGGUCGUUGCGCCUAGCUUUGCGCAUAACCCCUCUGUGCUGUGGAGUGCGCGCGAGCAGAUGUAUCUGCUUUAUCAUAUUGGGUGUGUGAGGGCCGAGUUGCCGGGGGCUUGUGCGGUGGUGGAGUUCGGGUGUGGGGUGGGCAAUGGGGUGAAUGGGGAGAGCGGGAUUGCGGUUUUGGGGUCGCGGGAUUUGGUGAGUUGGGUGGAUCUUGGGGUGGUUUUUGAGGGGGUGGAUGGGGUGGGGUGGGAUGCUGAUGUUACGAAUCCGGCGCCGGUGCAUGUUGGGGAUGGGGAUGGGGAUGGGGAGGUGCUUCUUGGGUAUCGUGGGUGUCCGUUUGAUUGUAAUGGGACGGAGCGGAUUGGUAUUGCGUCUGCGGGUACGUUUGCGGGUCCGUAUAGGGCUCGUUCGUGGAGGCCUGUUUUCGAGGAGGCGAGUGAGGAUCCUUUUGUUUGGGUUGAUAAACGGGGGAACUUUCAUAUGCUGGUGCAUUCGUUGCUUCCUGAUGCGGGAUUCGGGGAUGGGCCUAAUGUUGGGCGGCAUGCUUACUCGAGGUCUUGGGAUGGGCCUUGGGUGUUUGAUACUGAGACGGUGGCUUUUGAUACGACUGUUCUGUUUACUGAUGGGUCCCAGAUUGAGUAUUAUCGGAGGGAGCGGCCGAGUCUUUUCUUUAGUGAGGAUGGGGAGAUGACUCCUUUGUUUCUUUCUACUGGAGUUCAAGAGGUUAACUCUCCUGCGAGCUACUCUUUGAUUCAGCCGAUUAGUACGGUUUGA